AGUAGCCACCAUCAUCAGCGCCAGCGUGAUCGUUCGAGACAGAGACAGAGCAAUGAUUGAAGAGACCAUUUGAUCCUCCAUCCAUCGACCACGUCGACCACGUCCAGUCAGGAAAUCUUCCAAGUCCGCGACGCCCAACACCAAGCAACCCCCGAACACCGUAGAAAUGGCGGAUGCAGCCGACCCCGAGAUCUCAGUGCCUGUGGAAGAAACACCGUCCCAACGACAAGCGCGAAUCCGACGCCAGAAACGAGAGGCCAAAGUGACGGCAAAUGCAACUGAACGUCUGGACAAGAUCACUAGAUUAAGUGGACGGUCGCCCGAACUCGUACGCAAGGAGACUCCCACUACACCAACACCUCCCAGAUCUCUUACUCCCCAGAUUCCUCCCCAGAGUACUUCUCAAAAUGCACCCUCCGACGCCGAGCAGAUGCGUUUGCAGGAAGAAUAUCUCCGUGCUUUGUUACGACAACCGAGUCCACAGGGAGCAGGAGGAGAUGGGACCGUGAAUCAAGGACAGCAAGAUGAAGACCCCAUGAUGAAAAUGCUACAAAGUAUGAUGGGAGGUAUGGGGGCAAUGGGCGAUGCAGGCAAUCCCAACGCUGUGCCUGACAUGGCUGGCCUUGGUGCAGGGUUCAAUGCAGACGACAUAUCCAAAGCUACCGGACUGCCCAAGUUUCUGACUGAGAAGCUGUUGGGAGGACCCAAGAUGCCUCCGACCAAGGCGGAAUUACAGACGGCCAGGUUGUGGAAAGUCGUGCACGUUGUCUUUGCCGUGCUGGCGGGACUGUACCUGGUCUUUAUUGUCAACAUGUCGACAGCGACAUAUGGCGAAUCCCCACCCGCGCCUGCGACAUUCCAGAACCCAUUCCUGGUGUUUGCGACUGGGGAGAUGUUGGUGCAGAGUACACGGGUCAUCAGUAGGGGGACUUCGGGCAAACGCGGGCCUGGAUGGUGGUUCCAGAUGGUCAAGGAAGCCAUUGGGGAUGGUGCAAUAGUUGUUUUCAUACUGGGGAUUACAUUGUGGUGGAAUGGAGCAGUAUGAUGACUUAGUUUGGUGGCUCCUCAGGAACAUGCCGUCGUAGGUCUCUACCAAAAAAAUAAUGAUUAACUAAUGAAUGGAC